AUGCCAAUUACUGAAAUUAAAGAUCAAGACCAAUUCACUCAAUUGACCACAGUGGAUGUCCAGGAAAAAUUAAUUUCUUUAUAUUUUUACACUAACUGGGCCGAACCAUGUAAACACCUAAAUCAAGUCUAUCAAGUGAUCAGUGAUGAUGCAUCAAACAAAGAUGUUUCAUUUUUAACUAUAAAUGCAGACGACUUAAGUGAUGUUGCAGAACUAUUUGAAGUAAGUUCUGUACCAUAUUUUGUAAUUAUCAACAAUGGUACUAUUUUGAAAGAAUUCUCCACUGCAGACCCAAAAGAGUUUGUGAAGGAAUUAGAUCAAUGUAAGAAAUAUGUUUCUAACCAAACUAAUAAUACUACUGCUGAUGGUGAACAAACUGAAGAACCCGAAGGUGAAACAGAGGAACAAAUCAAUGAAAAACUAACUAAAUUGACGAAUGCAGCACCUGUGAUGUUAUUUAUGAAGGGUUCACCAUCUGAACCGAAGUGUGGUUUUUCAAGACAAUUAGUUGGAAUGUUAAGAGAGCAUCAAGUUAGGUUUGGUUUCUUUGAUAUCUUAAGGGAUAAUGACGUCAGAGAACAAUUAAAGAAAUUCUCAGAUUGGCCAACUUAUCCACAAUUAUAUAUUAACGGUGAGUUCCAAGGUGGGUUAGAUAUUAUCAAGGAAUCUUUAGAAGAAGAUCCGGAUUUCUUCCAACAUGCGUUACAACAGUAA